AUGUUCGCAAAUAAACCGUUCGCAAAUGCUUCAUCAAUAUACCACGUCACGGCUGCUGUCGACAUUCACAUGGGGCCCGCAACUCUUAAGGUGUUAAGCACACAAUUCAGAUUCAGAUCUUUCAAGUUCGCAGAUCCACGCUCAGACUACCAGGAAGAAACAAAGGUUAUCCAACAACUGCCAAUCAUUCAGAUACAAGUUGCAUCUCUCUCCGAGCCCAACCAGCAUUGUCCCUAUGAUCCCAGUAAUUAUCGUUCCUUUUCCAACGUUGAACGCUCAUGCUGCAGCUUCUGCGGGAUGCGACCACCAAAGUCACCUUUUAGCGUAUCAUGCGAUGAAAGUCGAUCCGAAAGCGCACUUUCUCAUAUGAGACCAGCUUUGGGGAAGAGAACGGACCUUACGGCCAGGAGAGAAGUAACGAUUCAAAAUGCGUCUCUUCCGCAGCACAGUUCUUCAUCCGAAGAGGGCCCGCGUCUAGUGCCUCCAGAAAUUGCAGCGAAAAGGAUAGGUAACCCACCAAGGAAAGCAGCGCUACCAAUUCAGCGAUCUGGUGCUGUCAAUGACAGCUUGACACCGCCCUCUGACCAGCGGAGCUCGCAGUCACUAGAGAAUAGAAUUACUGCCGCGCACGCAAAUGUUCCUCGACGGCGGAAAAGUGCUCUUGAGCAGAACGACGAUUACCCUUACGUCCUAAAAAGUGAAGUAUCUCAACACCUAGAUGCUAUACGUGCCGGUGAACCGAGCCCAUUAAUCGACUUUGCCUGCGCUGCUCGUCUCAAAAAGGCUUCAGAUCGGAUGACAGACUUCUCUGAGACGGUUUUCUAUGGUCAGAAAUUCUCGGCAGCUUUCGGCCCUAUUCCAGAGCAACAUUCAUCUCUGCAACCACCACGCAGUACCUUAAUCGUUGAAAGGAGUCUCGACACGGGUGGUCAUGUCGUGAUUGAACGUCCGCGUCCUGAGCAGCAAGCUAGCAUUAAUGCACUGCUGCACAGCGGAGAUAAGCCUGGUCAUGGCUAUGCCACUGAUUCGGACAACGACGAGAACUUGCCACCAGCGAGGACUCUGAAUCUGGCUGAAAUUGCGCGCGCUUCAAGGCAGGCUCAUGGUAUAUCACGUCUCCCCAAGGGAAUUUCGAGACGUGGUGGAAGCCAGGAGACAUCAAGGGUGGGCAAAUCUGCAGCUGGCAGCGGACACGUUACUAAUUUGCUGCCAUCACGCACACCAAGUUUCGCAGCUACCCACUCACAGCCUCGCUCUAUGUUCUUCCAUCUACCAACGUUCGGUCUCACCUCAACACCUGCCCUUCCUACAGUUCCUCCAUCCAAUCGUUCUGCCCCUUUUACAGACGUUGCUAUUCAACCUAGAACACAAUCACCUAUCGUCAGCCUUAGAGGUGGCACUGGCUCGCCUUCUGCUCUGCGAGGCUAUGAGCGCCUCCCACCAACAUUAUUCUGGCUUGCAGGUGGUCGAGGCAAACCUAUUACCACUGUUAGCUGGAAGACCCAAAGGCCUAAGAAGAGAAUGAACGGAUUGCUUGGUAUGACUCUUCAUGGGCUUGACGCAGGUACCGAAUACAGGGAAAAGGCAAGAACACAAGAUAACGGCAUGAGCACUGGGAUUGGGCAGGAUGUGCCAGUCGUUCCUCAAGCAAGCAAAUCCGUCACGGAAGAGAAGGCGGAGAGUGCGAAGUCAGAAAACACUUAUUCUUCCAGGUCCUGUUCAUCAUUGACGAGCAAUACGAAAAGCCACACUGCACAGUCCUCAAGAUCGAGCAGAUCCGGCAAGGUGCGUCGUGAAGCACAAAGGGAGACACCCUUGGAACCGGCACCUGGGGAAGCAGCUGCUGCUCGAGCGGAGGCAGACCAUAUCCCAACUAGCGCUGCAGCCACAGAAGACCAGCCCGCGAAUGCCCUAAAGGAAGAUGCCCCUCUGGUUGAAGAUUCGCAGAGAGAGCCCAUGAGCGUUGAUCCCCAAGGAGAAACACUGCCUCCGAACGAAAACGUGAAGGAAGGACAAGCGGCGGCAGAAGAGAAUGGCGGGGCAAAUACACAGAGUGGUUGA